AUGGCUCUGAUAGACUUGUGCCGUUUAGAGGAGAAAAUUAACUUAAAGCCCGUGGAUUCUCUUGCUUCUGUUAACAACGAUGUAAUGGGUAACACCCAAAACUUUUUGAAUAGCGCCCAACUUGCUCUUCCUCCGUUUGCCAAUCCGGUGGAAACUCUAGCCCAGUUUAACACCAAAGACGAAACUGGCCGUCAAAUUAAAAUUGAGUUUGAUCACGGCACCACCACACUCGGAUUUCGGUACAAAGGUGGAGUUCUUCUAGCUGUUGACUCCAGAGCGACGGGCGGUCAGUUUAUUGGUUCUCAGUCUAUGAAAAAGAUUGUGGAAAUCAAUGACUAUUUACUGGGUACAUUAGCGGGUGGCGCUGCCGAUUGCGUGUAUUGGGAUCGUGUUCUCGCUAAACAGUGUCGUCUGUAUGAGCUAAGAAACAGGGAACGCAUCUCUGUAGCAGCAGCCAGCAAACUAAUGGCUAACAUGGUGUAUAACUACAAGGGCAUGGGACUCAGUAUGGGAAUGAUGCUUGCCGGUAUUGAUAAGAGGGGAGCUCAGCUGUACUAUGUAGAUAGUGAAGGUACUCGGACUCCGGGCAAAGUAUUCUCUGUGGGCUCGGGAUCAGUUUAUGCAUUUGGUGUUCUGGACUCUGGCUACCACUGGGACCUUGAAGAUGAAGAGGCUCAAGAGCUAGGUCGCCGCGCCAUCUACCACGCGACCCACCGCGACGCGUACUCCGGCGGUAUCAUCCGCGUGUAUCACAUCAACGACAAGGGCUGGGUCAACAUCUCCAAUGAAGACUGCUCCGAGCUACACUACAAGUAUCAAGCCGAGAAGGGUGUUAAGGAUGAAUAA